AUGGGUACCCAGAAGUGUACCCAGCCAGUGUAUGGCAGGGCGGGCCAGUUGACUGGGUCAACUGCCCAGUCAUCAUUGACUGGUGAAAGUGAACAGUGGUGGUGGGUCCUUGCUGUCAUUGAGGGGCUGGGCCCCACCUGUAAGUGGCUCAGGCCACCUCCCUCCUGUGCAGAGGGGAGGGGCAAGGGCGUGGUGGCCGGACCUGGCCCCGGCAAGGCCAUGGUCGAGACCGGCAGUGGGGUAUGCGGAGCAGGGCAGAGGGUGUGGUCAGACGCGACGAGCGGCCAGCGUGGUAGAGCAGGCUUGGCGGUGCAGCGGCAGGGCGUCGGCCAUGGGGUGGAGCGCGAGGCGGGCGGCAACGGCGCGGGCAGGGGGCUGGGCCCCACCUAUAAGUGGCUCAGGCCACCUCCCUCCUGUGCACACGGGAGGGGCAGGGGCGUGGUGGCCGGACCUGGCCCCGGCAAGGCCAUGGUCGAGGCCGGCAGUGGGGUAUGCGAAGCAGGGCAGAGGGUGUGGUCAGACGUGACGAGCGGCCAGCGUGGCAGAGCAGGCUCGGCGGUGCAGCGACAGGGCAUCGGCCGCGGGGUGGAGCGCGAGGCGGGGGCAACGGCGCCGGCAGGCGAUGGAGGCAGCAGGGGAGGCUGCGGCGGUGCGGGCCACGGUAGGUGCGAGCGCUCCGGGGAGGAGCAGCACGGCGGGUGCGGCUUGGCGCGGCUGCGGGCGUGCGCGACAGCACGCCGGGCGGGGCGAGGCCGCGGUGAGCGCGGUCGGCGCACGUACGGUGCGGUGGUCAAGGGUGUGCGCCAGCGCGGUGGUCGGAUCGACGACGGAGUGCAGGGGAGCAGGAGGCCGCUGGCCUCACCAGCGUUGAAGAGAAGCGGGGCGGCGAGGCUCGUUGGAGCCGUCGAGGUGGAGGCGAGGCAGCGACGGUGGAGCGGCGCCGGGCGACGAGGUCCUCGGGCAGCGGCGCGUGGCGGCGCCGGGAGCGGAGCGCCGUCCAGAUCGGGUCGAGCGAGGAGUCGAGGAAGGGGCUGCGGGGACAAGGCAGGGCGGCGGGGUCUGGCGACGGCGCGGUCGGGGCUCAAUCCAGAAUCGGGCGAGGGAGAGGGAGCGGAGUGGAUCGAGAGGUGGGGAAAGUGGGGAUAG